AUGGCAUCAUAUCCGAAAUUCCAGGAAAGCUCAAUGGACUCGAUCUUACUGAUCAAGCGAACCGAUCAGCGAAGCAAAAGGAAUCGCCAAGAAACCUUAAAGAAACAAGACGUGCCCUACUGCCCGUGUGGGAAAUCUGUCGUCGUCGUCGACGUCCUCAACGAUCUCGAUUUCGUUCAAGAAAUGUUCCCCAAGGGAGCCUUUUGGCUCAAAAUUGGGAAAGAUCUGCAGGACGAAUUUCUCUUGGCUAAAAUGCAGAUGUUCUACGAGAGGGUCGACGACGUGGAAGUCAAUCAGCCCUUUCCUACGGUUGUAGACUUGGCCAAAUGCCGGCUGGAGAAAAAGGUGAAAGCUUUCAAAAAUUCAAUGCUGCUGAUUUUGGAUGACGUUUGGGAGAAAAGCGUGAUAGACGCUUUCAACAUCGGUGUCAAAGUUUUGGUCACAUGCAGCGACUCGUCUAUCAUGGAUGGAUUCCAAAAUGUGACAAAAUUACAAUCUUCGAAACGUCCUGCUUUCUUUUUCUGCUCUCUGAAAAAUCCUACGAAGAUUCCGGACGGCUUAACGAGUGACGAAAGUCUGGAGUUACUUGCAAAAAUGACCGGAGUUGAGAGAGAUAAAUUGCCAGCUGAAGCGGAGAAGAUUCACAUCGAGGCUCAUGGUCUGCCAAUUGUGAUUUCCCUCGUCGGCGGCUCUCUCGCCGGCAACGACCGUCCGCAAAAGUGGAAAUUGCAGCUCAAGAAGCUCAAGGAAGGCAAAAUGAACAAUCAGCCACACCCGAACCAGCUUUCAGCAACCAAGUACCCACUGAACCUGUCGCAGACCAUGAGUCUCAGUUUCGAGAGCCUGGACCCAAACACGCGAGAACUCUACAAGCGUUGCGUCGUUUUUCCGAAAGAUGUCGCAUUUUCCUCCUACGCUCUCGGCUCGCUUUUCUCAGACACCGAAAAUGGGUUAUUUCCAUGGGACACUGACGAUAUCACGAAGUUGUUGACGAAGAAAAGCCUGCUCGUUCGGCAUGAAGAUGAAUCCAUGCCGAAUGCGGAAUACAUGUUCUCCUUGCACAGGAUUCAACACGACUUCUUAUUUUCACGAACCACGCCGGAGGAAAGAAAGCGCUGGAAUGAUAAACUGCUGAAGUGGUACUUCUCGACGGAACACGGACGGAAAGAUUUCGCGCCAUUUCGAGAUCAGUACUUCAUGUGGCACAUCGGACAUCAUUUGAUGGAAAGCAGCCAUCACGAGUGGUUCAAAAUAUUUGUCAACCUGGACUUUGUCGCAGCAAAGAUUUCUGCGACUGGACCCGCAGAUUUGCUUAAUGAUUACGUCAAGUACAGGCGAACCAUUCGAGAAGCAGUGCAGAGUGAAUCGAACACUGACGGACAAGAAGUACUUCAAGACUUCGACCAUUUUGUGCGGAUGUUUGGGCACGAAUUAGAAAAAGAAAAUGCUGACGUAGUUCAGCUCGCUCUUUCUAUGCAUUCGGAUUCUGUUGUUAAAAAUGUGGCUAAGCAAGUCAUAGCAGACGCCAAGGAACGCGUGUAUUUCGAGACCUGCUCCACGAACCAGAAAACUGGACAUAUUUUGACGAAGCCGCUGACAAGCACGUCUACAAAAACAGCGUGUUUGUUUUUACCCAAGCACAAAGCCAUCUUCAUCGGCGAUGAACUCGGAAAAAUUGAGCUAUGGAAUGCGCAAUCGGGUGCGAGGCUGCUGCUACUCAAUGAACACGACCCGCCCGGGAAAACCAUCACAGCGCUGGAAUUGGCGUGCAAUCCUGACGAAAAAUCCGUAGUAUUAUUCGUGUCCACCUCCGCGGACGGCACUGCAAAAAAAUGGGAAAUCCUCUUCGACAUGGACGUGGACGACGCCACUCACAAGCUGAAACGCCGGAGUCGACACGUUUCCGGAAACAGCGUUUCUUCAGCAGCAGCAGCCGCCAUCUUCAUCCCGGACCACGUCAUCAUGUCACCGGCCCGGGUUCGGCGGAGCAGCACAACGUCGCUGUCGGUGUCGGUCAGCACUACGCAAUUGUCCUCGCCGGCAUCAUCGUCAUCCAACAAGCAACAUCAGACGGGAUUCGUCAAGCUCACCUUUGACAAACACGAGCCGCAUGGGAUCAAUUGUUGCGCCAUUGAUUCGCGGAAGGUGCGUGCUGCAACGGGGGACUCGUGCGGUGUGAUCCGUGUUUGGCUAUUAUUGGAUGGGGUUGAGGUCAGUGUUUUGAGGAGUCACAUCAUGAAGAAUCUGUGUGGUGUCACGGCACUCGCGUUUCGCACCAAUACCGAACACGGCUCGUUGAACAUCAUCGGUGCCGGCUACAAGGAUUCCGUGGUGAGGCUGUGGGAUUGGAAGAAUGCGACCGUGGUUCUGGUGGGCCAGGAGCACAGAAAAGAGAUCGUCGGGAUUCAUUUCAUCCACUAUGCUGUUCUACUGCUAUUCCCUUCUAAACUGAUGCCCUCCUGCUGCAUCUUGCCGAAACCGACGAACAGCUUUUUGACUUCUUCUGAUGUCUCACCUGAUGAAAAGUACCUGGUUGUUGGGACUAAAGAGAAUGAAAUUAUCUUGUGGGAGUUAUCAACGCAGACAUUUUUGGCGUUUCAUCGACCACAUCAGAGCCCUUUGACGAUGCUGAAAUUUGGCCGCUUUCCGUUGAAAAACAAGGCGCAUUUGCUGAGCGUCUCCUGCGAUACUGCUUUGAUUCACGAUGUCAACGAGAUGAGCCAUUUAUUGCUCUCUCCGAAUUUCGAUGCUCGUUGGAUUUCCUUGGAAAGAAGGAACCAAUUAGGAUCCCAAAAACAAGGGACCGGUUUUGUUAUCGCCAGUGUGGAUUGUUGGGCAGCACAAGUGCACCUCUCCGGCGCAAAUCAAGGAUUUCACGCGACUUUUGAACCCACUUCUCCAAACCAAGCCGUGUCUUCGAACAAGAAUGAAGCAAAGGUCGCAAUGAAUAAGUCGACGUCUCUGAAGAAACCAUCUGGUGCCUCAAUGUCUCGCAUAACGUGCAUUAGUUUAGUGAACGACAAACAGGUGGCAGUGGGAUUAACAGACGGGAUUGUGGUUCUUUGUCGACACCAUCAGUCUGAUAAUUUAUCGGCUGAAACUACUUGCAAAAUAGCCAGUCACGAGAGGAGCGUGAACUGCGUUACUUCUGCUGAAAUUUGCGACAAAAAUGGAAAUCAUUCCGGGGAGAGCUUCGUGAUCGUGUCCGGAUGUGACGCAGGCAUGGUUUUGAUAACUAAAAUCUCGUCGGGUUCGGAUCGUCAGAAACCAAUCAAAGUGACAUGCCCCUCAUCAUCAGUCUAUGAGUUGCGCAUCAUUCGAGGAGCCGAAAACAACGAGGUUCAAAUUGUUGCCGCCUUUCUCAAGACGAUUGGAAAAAUGAAUUCUUCGUCAUAUAAUCCACCUGAAAUCGUUUUUCGUCUCUGCGAUAUUCAAGGGAUUACCCUGAGAGAGUUUAAUCCUCUGCUUUGUCAAGAAAUCCGUCCGAAUACAGCGUCGAAUCCCUGGAAGUCUUUCACGUUGGACGCAAAACGCAGCGGUGCAUUCGUCCAGAACAUUGUCAUCUUCGAUUUUUGCACCGCUUCAAAUCGCUUUGUCGUUGCUGCCAAGAAAUGUGAAGCGGUUCUGUACGAUUUGGGAUCUGGCGAAAGCGUCGCGACUUGUGUUCCUGGAUUGCCCAAGAAUGAACCCAACGCGUCGAAGAAUAAUAAUUCAGCCACCAACUCGGAACAUUCCUGUGUCCGGAGGAAGCGAUCUGUGAAUGGGAAAGGAAGGCAGGAAGCUGUCAAUAAAUUGGAAAACGUCAUUUCAACCGCCAUUGCUGCUAAGGAAGCCGUUUUCACGGCGGUGAAAUUUUCUCCAGACGGAGAUCGUCUGGUUACUGGAGAAUCUUCGGGAAUCAUUAAGGCCGGCCCUGACAAAGAUUAUAAUUUUGUGGAGGAGUAUGCACAUGGGGAUUUGCCCAGCCACGAUGAAGAUUACCUGAAUAUCCCGCACGAAAAUAGUUUGAGCGAGGUCUGGUCAUCUGCCGACGGAAUCCUGCUUCACGGUCUGAGUAAUGACGGAAAAGAAGCGAUCACCGAUUUGAUCUUUUCCUCCUGCGGAUUGCUGAUGGCAGCCGGUGGAAUCACCCAGUUCUCCCUUUUCAAUUUGGAAUUACUCAACGGCUCUGAGGAUCAACAAAGUGCUGAUCGGGAAGAAUUGAUUGGAAGUCUGAGUCAACGUCGGCGCUCAUCUUUGACAGCAAUCGUCACGAGAUCAUUGGAUACUGAAAUCUUCCUGGGGGACCAAUGCGAGCCGAAACUCAUGACCCACAUGCGAUUUGACCUGGGCUCGAAUGAUCUCGACCUGAACGACGAGACUCUGGCAAUAUUAAACCUGCGAAAAGAAUCGCGCUCUGGCCGAUGUUCCACAGUUCCAGAGGACAGAUUCAUCAGAGAAACCGACGGGUGUCGCUGCAACAGCGUUUUGCACAACAAACGAGGCCCAAAACAAAACAAUUCGCCUUUGCUCAAAGUCUACAGCAUCAGCAAUGGACCCGUGCGACGAAUUUUUGCCAGCCCUGAUUUUCACGAGUUUGCCACUGUCGACGACGCCGGGACACUGCACUUGUUGAAAGUAGCGACUCCGUCGGUGACAUCUGAUGACGAUUCCGACACCGACAGUAUUUUCCAUGUCGGUCCUUGAAUAUGCUGUAGCUCAAGAAACUGUAUUGUAUCCCUGUAUCCCUUGAAAUGACUUUUAUGUCGAGGGUGAAGUUUCGUUGUUUUUGAUGUCGGUUACGUGAAAAUCGCGUAUGCGUGAAAACUGCUAUAUCUUGACCACGAAAUGCUCUUCCAUUGAGCGUCAGCAAAAAUCCUGAUUUUGAUUUAAACAUUUUUGGAGGCGUCGGUAUUUUGUAAAAAAAACGAGGAAAGAAAAUAUUUUUUUAAAUUAAAUUUUGCUCAUCAAUCGAUUGUUUGCGUUUUAUAUGACAUGCGAAGAGCUGAUUCAAGAAAUGAAUCUGAAGGAAUUUACGGUCGAAGAUCAUAUUCGUUUUCAGGAGAAAUAAUGAAAAGUGUCUUAUUUAAUUGAGCUCAGCCUUAGCUAGAAAUAUUUAUAUUAUCAAGAACAAUUCAUGGUAAUACUGUACAUACCUGUAACGCUGCAUUAAAUAUGGAGGAUAUAUCGCAUAUAAUUUCAUAGCCCAAAAAUCUAAUCCAAAACAUUGUUAUGGUUAGUCUCGUUUAACUUUUAAAUGGGAAAAGAUGAAUUCGACGAUGAAUAUGCUUGGAAUUGGAAGUAAGUGAAUCAAACAUGGGAAAACACGAUUGCAGAUUUGUAAAUCUGCUCGAAAAUGUUCGCUUUGAAGAAUAUGUUUCUUUAAAAAACCAAAUACGGUUUUUUUUUUAUUCAGUCAUUCAUUCAGUUUGAUGUCGAUGAGUGACAUUUCCUGUGAGUGAAACCUGUUUUUUCUGCUUUUCUUGAUUGCCCGUUUUUUCGAAAACAGUUGUUACGGAAAAAAGCCUUGGAUCACCAAUUCGUAUCCCUCGUGUCAUCACGAUUUUUUUUUUUUUGGGAAGAUGUUCAUGCAGUGAAAACAUGUUCGAGUGUAAUCCAAUUCUGGGUUUUUACUGGAAAGCCAACCGAGCAAACAUUUGAUGCGACGAAUCUGGGUUUUUCGGAGGGGUAUGAUCAGCGGUAGAAUUUUCUGAUCCCGCCAAAUUAAGGAGGGGCAUCUGUGAAAUUUUUUGGAGCGUGAUUUUGAUGUGAAGAACGGAAAAUAUACUUUUUUUGCUUUUAUA